ACCGCAUAUCUCUCCGAUUUCUUCGUUUUCGAAGUUCCCGGAAGACCUUUGGCUUGUCAAGGCAAGGCUUUCUUAUGUCUUUCUUUGGAUUCGAAACCAGCAGUUUAGAGGAAGAAAAGAAGAAGUUUUUGGAAGGUGGCCUGCAAGAGUCUGAGGACCUUGCGGUCUACACCUGGGGGGACGACAGUUACGAUGGUCUUGGUGAUGCCCUGCUCGAAGGGGGCGAUGAACUGAACGAUGAGACAUUUGGUGGCAUAGGUGAAGUUGGCAAAGACUUUGAUUUCACAAGACAGACUUUGCCAGAUGUCAUCGGAGGCAGGGAUGAGGAGCAGAUCGUUACCCAGGAACUCCCGAGGCAGCAGACACCCCUGCAGGACUCUAGCCAAUUUGCAUCGAGGCUGGCUGGGCGCGUCGCUUCUCCAGCUGGUGUUUCAAUCUGGGAUGACCAGUCACCGUUUUCGAUGCUUCCCGGUCCUCGCGCAAAUGGGACUUCACGUCCCACGGAUCACCAGCGAGCGCCGUCUGCAUUGAACAAGACCACUCUGCCUUCGCAUGCGCUUGCAGACCAUCGGCUACACGAUCAGCAGAUCCACCCCCGAUCGCAGACACCGAUUUCAGUACCUCGUCCGAUCUCUCGUGGUGUCACGCAGACCGGUGCACGAACUCUGCAAGAGAUAGAGGCUGAAAUGCGGCUCGCUGCGCAGCAAGCCCGUCAGCGCCAGGAGCUCGAAUUACGACAACAAAUGCAACUGCAACGAGAGCGGGAGUUGCGCCUUGCCGAACAGGAGCAGCAGGAGAGGUUACUCACGCAACAACUUCAACAGCAACAACAGCAUGAGCUACAACUACGUCUCAGUCAGCAUCAGCACCCGUUCCAGCAGCAGCCUACGCCCCCUCCACGUAUGGUACACCACGCCAACGCCCAGUUACCCCGCACACAGUCCCCUCGUUUCCAUCAUCAACACCAACAACAGAUCUUGCUGCUACAACAAGAACAGGAAAGACAACAGCAGGAGCGCUUGAAAGAGCUACAAGAACGACUAAGAAUGGAAGAGAUCGAAAGGCAGCUACGCGCUCAGUCAAUAUCCCACAUUCAGCGCCAACCCUCCGUUCAAGCCCGCCGACAAGCUAGUUACGCGGACUUACAAGCGUUGCAGCAGCGCAGGGGACACUCGCCUGCCACUUACGUAGGUGGGAAUCCUGCAGAAACGCCCUUGAUGAACCAACACAACGCCCAAUUUUUACCACAAAAUAUCCAACUACAGCAGAGAUUGCUUUCAGAAAUGGCUCAAGCGGAGUUUAUGAGGGACGUGCAGGGCAUAAGCCAGGCGGAACAAGAAGCCCUACGAGCAGAGGCCAUGCGUAAAAUUAUGGAGACGGAGCGAAUGGAGGAGAAACGGCGCCGCAAGGCGGCCAAAAUUGCGCACAUGUCACGUUACAACGAUUUGAUGACGCAAUCUGAUAAGGACUUCAUCACCAGAAUACAGGUCUCGCAACUUGUUACGCAGGACCCGUAUGCGGAUGACUUCUACGCACAGGUUUACGGUGCCAUCCUUCGUUCUCGCAUGGGUUUGCAGUCUGGAGACGAGCGCGUUCUCAAGUUUGGGUCGGGCGGUGGUGUCGGCCUCGGACUUGGGCAAAAAGUGCCCGGAAGGCGCCAAAGUGCGAUGCAAAAAAUGGAAGCACAGGUGGAGCGGAUUGUCAGCAAUGCCAGGCUCCGCGAAAAAGAGAAGGGUUUGCACUCCCUUCAAAGUCUUCAGGGAGCUCUUGGCAAAACCGCCGGACGGAGUUACAAGGCUGCACCUCGACAACUCCUUCAGGUUGAUGCGGGUACCGCGACAUCCACCGUAUCUGGUACACACCCACACAUUUCCAAGGAUGAUGUCCAACUAGACACCCGGCACCCUUUGGGAGAUAGUAAUGGUGCUGCACGUGAGGCUGCAAAAAUGGGGCGCGAGGCUUUGGGAGAUGCGGCCGGCGCUGAUGGCGUGGUGAGGAAAGAUCCGCUUACGCAUCGGCAAGUCCUCGUCGCACUAGAAGCACUUUAUGACCUGGUAUUGAACGUCGAGCAACUGCGACGCGAUCAACCACCAGAGGAAGACGUAAUGGCUGUUACCGCAUGGUCCAACUCAUAUAAUGAUCUGGUGGAACAGAUAUGGGUCGCGCUGAAGGUCUUGAUUCCUCUUGAGACCAGUGACCCACACCCGUUCAUUUCCCUCCUCACACCCAUCAAGGGCAAAAAACUACUCCCACGGCUCAGUCGACAUAUUGCCACCCACCGAAUGCCAACGCUUUUGACACUACUUGUGGCUUGUUUUUCUCAAUUAGAUGUGGUCGCGCAGGCACAUAUUCUUGAUACCCUUGAAGACUCACCAGAACGGCAAGAGGUGGAGCGACAGACAGCUGCAUUCCUCGGAAGCGUACUACAGAGCAUCUUACCGGUUGUCGCUCGGGCAGAGUUACGACUCGUUACGGGAUUACUAGGAUUACUCCUAGAUCGGAGUGACAUCAUCCAGGUUGCUCAGACUCGGCCCGGUAUUGCGAUGCUCACGCUGUUUUUGAGUCGUGUAGAGAUCAUCAAGCAAGGAAUGAGCACUAUUGCCGAGCCGACGGAUCUUCCAACACCUGAAGAGGCUCAACAAUGGCAGUUGGUGUUCGACCAUUUUUUCCAGCUCCUCGCCCCGUAUUUCCCCAUGCUAUUCCCAUCUACGCGUUUCGCACUCCAGCCGGCGGCAACAACGGCGGGGCCAACUGUUAUGCGGCAAGCCGAUCUUCUCGAUCAGCCUGUGUGGCAGUUCCUGGCAGCAGUGGCCCUCCACGCUUCUCCAGAUCAACAAUCCACAUUAGUUGCUGGGCUGCGUGACAAAGUCCUGGAGAAUGUUGCGAGUGUCCACAAGGGAUGGAUUACGGACGAGGAAGAGCGGUCGACGAAACUGGCUAAUGUCAAUUUGUUUUUGCAUGCUCUUGGGCUGGACAGUUCGCAGAUCACGGUAUAAGUGUCGCAUUUCAUUGAGGCGUUUUGGUUAGACUGGAAGGAAUUGUGUUGUUAUAUUUCGACUUCGAGUUUUACGGUAUAAUUUUGCAGGCCGGGAGGAGCACGGCUUUGUACAAGUACUUACGUAAUAGGCACACUUGUUUGCACAUGUUUGUACCCGUCCUCGUGUUGUGACCAAGGUUGUCGCAAUCCGCUCUU